CCGUCACUCUAUCACCUCUCCCGUUCCCAACAUUUUCCCGAGGAAAAUUUUCUCUCUCAUUCUCUCGCUCGAUCCCCUUUCCCUCUCUCUAUCUCUCUCUAGAUGAGACCUCACCAAUAACGAUGUCCGCAACGAGACGAUCCUACCUCUCGCGCAGGAUCAGCAGCCGCUCAUUCCUCUCCAAAUCGUUCAAGGAAUCCAGAACCCGAGAAACCGAAUCGAAACGGGAUGGCGACGGUAAAGAAGACGGCGCCGUUUCGGGCGAAACCGGAGGAGGCUCGUCGUGGUCGACGAUGCUGCCCGAGUUGCUCGGGGAGAUCAUACAGCGGGUCGAGGCGAGCGAGGACCGGUGGCCCGUCCGGCAAAACGUCGUCGCUUGCGCCUGCGUGUGCAAGAGAUGGAGAGAGAUGACGAGGGAGAUCGUUAGGGGUUUGCCUCAGAGCGGGAAGAUCACAUUCCCGUCUUCGCUUAAACAGCCGGGUCCACGUGAGUCUCCUCUUCAGUGUCUUAUAAGACGGGACAAGAAGAGUUCGACUUUUUACUUAUAUCUUGGUCUUACCCCAACAUUUACGGACAAGGGAAAGUUUCUCCUAGCAGCACGAAGGUGUAGACAUAAUGCUCAUACCGAGUACAUUAUUUCCCUUGAUGCGGAUGACCUCUCCCAAGGAAGUAAUGCCUAUGUUGGAAAGCUAAGUUCGGAUUUCCUUGGCACCAAAUUCACAAUAUACGAUAGCCAACCCCCACACAGCGGUGCCAAACCCUCCAGCAGCAGAAGCGGCCGCCGCUUCGCAAGCAAGCAAAUAAGUCCCCAGGUUCCAGCAGGCAACUUUGAGGUUGGACAGGUCUCCUACAAGUUCAACCUCUUAAAAUCAAGAGGUCCAAGGAGGAUGAUAUGUUCAUUAAAAUGCCCCUGGUCUGCGGAAACCCAACCUGAUAAACCUCAGGACGAUUCUGGGACUAAAAGUCCCGAGUCAUCUUCCUAUGGAUACACAAUUUUGAGGAACAAAGCUCCAAGGUGGCACGAUCACUUACAGUGCUGGUGCUUGAAUUUCCAUGGUCGGGUGACAGUAGCAUCUGUGAAAAAUUUCCAACUGGUUGCGACACUGGAUCAGAGCCAGCCAGGAGGAAAAGGUGAUGAGGAAACAGUUCUCCUCCAGUUUGGAAAAGUGGGAGAUGAUACUUUCACCAUGGAUUUUAGGCAGCCCUUGUCGGCGUUCCAGGCAUUUGCCAUUUGUCUCACGAGCUUUGGUACGAAACUGGCGUGCGAGUAAAAUAAAUUUUUCUGUUGAUCUCUCUGUUCCUCUUCUUCUUCUUCUUCUUUUUUUCUUUCCGAAACCGCUCUGUUCAAGUAACUGGUGUUCUGGUAUAUGUUUUUCAUUUAUGGUUUCUCCCUCUGGGAUUGAGGAAUUAUAUUAUGUAUAUGUGGCUGUUGUACUAUGAUAUUUGUAUGAAUUCGGCUUUGAUUUAUUCGAACACAAUCUCUUUUAACAGCAA